UUUACAUAGCCAGAAACAAACAACAGAGGAUUUUCUCCCAAGUCAGCAUCUGUAACAAAAGUUAAAAACCCUCACAGUCGGCUGUUUUCAGGCCCACACGCACUCUUCAUUCUUUAUUGUGGAAAGGGAAAGUGAGAGAAGGGAGUAGAUAUUCGCUGCUUGCUGUUCGCCUUGGAAUCAAUCAAACAAUCGGAAAGUAAUGGGUCUGGAGAGCGUUGGUGGGUUGGCGAUGCAUACUAUCCUUUCCAAAUUGGGGCCGCUCGAAGCCGCCUCCGUUUCCUGCCUCAGCAGGCGUUUUAGGGGUUGGGCCUCCGAUGACUCCCUCUGGGCUGGAUUCUGCUCCCACGAUCUCGAUCUCUCGUCCCCGCUUGAUCCUUACGGGAAUCCCCUCCCGUCUUUUAAGGCAGCUUAUACAGCAUGGCGGGAAGAAUUUUCCAUGUAUCCAUGGCCACUCGUUAUACGAGUUAAAAAUUGUUGGAGCAAACUUAAGGAAUGGUUGGCAGUAAAUUUCCCAGAGGUUUUGCCUACUUUGCGGAAAGGUGCAUCUGAAGAUGCACUCAAGGAGUUUGAGAACACUUUGAAAAUAAAACUACCUCUACCUACUAGGGUUCUCUAUCGAUUUUGUGAUGGUCAAGAACUACCAAAUGAACAUUUUACUGGAAGCUUACCUACAAGUUUAUUGGGUAUUAUUGGCGGGUAUGCUUUAUAUGAUCACCUGGUGAAUGUGUUCUUGUUACCCUUGCGCCAGGUGAUACUUGACACCAAGGGUAUUAUGCAUCAGCUUGGAUUCAGCAGCAGAUCUAAGUAUAUAGUUGUCGCAGCUUCUGCUACUUACAGUGAAAAAAUAUUCUUUUUAAACUGCAGCAGCGGUCAACUUUUUGUUGGCACAAGAAAUCUAGUGACUGAUGGAGAAAUGCUGCCUUGCGUGCCAGAUGCAUUGAUCAGUUCAGUUCAUGAUGCAGCAGGUAACCAACAGCAGGAUGCCAUGCUAUUGUGGCUUGAAGAACAUGGUCGUCGCUUGCAAGAUGGCAUCAUUAAAGUUCGCAAAGAAGGAAAAAUCCGGAGCAUCAAUCUAUUCCCUGAAAAACCACCCCUCUGCUCCUCUGCCAUAACAAAUGGUGUUAAGGUGCGUGCUUCUGCUGCAUUUGUGCCCGAGUUCAGUAACCUUCAAGAUGAAUCAGAAAAGUUCUUAUUUGCUUAUUCCAUUCGCAUGUCCCUUUCACCUGAUGGAUGUGUCAUCAAUGGGAUGACCUUCAGCUCUUGCCAAUUAUACUGGAGACACUGGAUUAUACGCGCUAAUGAUGCCAUUGUUUCUGAUGUAAAUGGGGAAGCAGUAAUAGGAAAGUUUCCGCUACUGCAUCCUGGUGAGGAAGAGUUUGUUUAUGAGAGUUGUACAUCUUUGCCAGCUUCCCGAGGAUCCAUUGAAGGCUCUUUUACUUUUGUUCCUGGAAGGUUAGCAGAUGCAAAAGGUAGCCCAUUUGCAGUUGAAGUAGCUCGCUUCCCCCUUCAACUGCCAAACUACAUUUUCUGAUAAAACUGGUGUGCUAAGAGUCAAUUAAUGGGGCUUUAAUGCAAUGCUGUUUUUGAUAUGUUUGGAUAUGCAUUCUUUCAUUGUUGAAGCCUGGUUUGUCCUUGUAUUUUAUAUGUAAAGAGUGUCCAACGCUAUAGAGUACAAUGUGUCAGCUUGUUUUGGGUAGGAAUAACGGCAUAUUUGCUUUGUACCAUAGAUUAGGAAGAAACAACUGCGGAAUACAUUCAUUUGGAAGAGGGAUUUUCCUAAAUUUUGCUCUGAUUUUGUUUUUCUCCA